CACGUUUCUAGCUAUGAAUAUUAAAAAACUGCUCCUAAAAAACGAACGCUACGGUUCUUUAGGAAAGGUAGCCAGUCAUAGUAAAUGUUAGCCAGUUAGCAAAGUUACUUACUUUUGUAAACAGUGAACAGGAGUACUCAAGUAAAAUAUAUUGGAAAUGAAAAAUGGCUAAAAUGUACUACUUACAAAUACAAGAAGCUACAACUAUAUACAAUAAAUUGGUUGGAAAAAGGUAGUGGAAGAGCGGUGUCAUCGGCCAUAGCUCACAAAACCGUUGAGCGUCCGUUAAGUGGUUAGCUCGCGCUAGCUUUUUAAAUUCGCCACGAAGAUCCCAACAAUCUCGCGCACAUUAGUGUUUCGCGCUUAAACGUACUAUCAGUGCAACUUGGAGAAUCCAACGAGGAAUAGACAUUGCCUAUAAAUUGACUGGGUUACCGGACAGAAAUAUGGAUUUAGCUAUAUGCUAGUCAACAAUGAUAAGGUUGAUGUGCAAGACAGGUGCCACCUUCAUCCAAAAAAACAGCAUUGGCCAGUUGGGAGCAAGAGCAGAGCAAGAGUGGUGCAACAAAACAUCAGAUGUUCAAGCCCAGGACAACCAGCAGGGAGACAAUAUUUAUACAGAUCUGUCAAAUAUGCAAGGAAGGCCAUUUUCUCCAUGGGAACACUCAGCCAUCGUAUGUCACAGACCCCUGCCAUACAACAAGAGUCUUCUGAGUGGUCAAUAUCUAACCAGACCCCAUAUAGCUUUCAGGAUACAAGACAAGGCCAACAUGUUCUACCACAUGAUAAGUCCAAUGUGAGAUAUACAUUCAUGCACCUACACCACAACAAUGGCAAACAGGGUGGAACAUGCCCAAUACGUAUACAUGGCCAUCUCAGGAUACAAGACAAGGCCAGGAUGUUCCUUCUCAUACAAAUGGUCCAAGUUGAGGAGGAAAUGAAUGUUUUCCCACUAAAUUCAGUGGAGACCCUAGAAGAUUUAGAGAAGAGGCUGUUGAACAAUGGACUGAAGCAGAGGAUGACCAAUACGCUGUCACUAAGUGGAGGCCACACAAUGAAGAAGACAAUAUGGCGGAUUGCCAGCAAGGUCUUCACCACAAACCUGGCAAAAAGCCUUAACUGGUGUGGCAGGGGACACAAGCGAGGUUUAAAGCAGACAGCCUGUGGACAGCUUAUUAUUGCUGCCGCAGGGAAGAACCCGACGCUACCAGCUCCCACGGAAGCAGAGGCUGAAAAAUGCCUAAAGGACUACCUCCGUCUGGCACCAGCAAGACGCUAAUCUUUUAUUUUGUUAAUUCCACAUGUUUGUUGCAUUCUUUAUUCUAUUGUUGAUUUUUUUGUUAAAUAAACGUUAAAAGAAUAAUAAUAAUAAUUAA